UCCUGCAAACACAUCUGAGACUCCGAAAAAAAUCUCUGUACAGUUCCCCAACACACAUCGCCUCCGUGUUCCCACCGGGAUGGCUCGUUGUUUGACCACCGGAGACGUCCCGAGACUUUAGAUAAAGUCGUGUAUUUGUGUGCAGUUGACUCUGCAGGGUCGAUGUCCCUGUCGGACUUUAUGUGUUUAUGUUUGCACGCGCGGCGGUGGGACAUCCGGAAUGGGGGAUCCGUAGGAGGAGACGACGCUCGCUGGUGUGCUGUUAGCAAAUAGAGCGCACCAACGCGCGCGCGCAAAAAAAAAACAAGCCCAUACGCACGAGAUGGACUUUAAGAGGACAAAAUUUGGAAGGUUCAUGAACUGCAGGGUCCCGGCCAGUAAGAGAUACCAGCCCACUGAAUAUGAACAUGCCGCAAACUGUGCCACACAUGGGGUAUGGAUCCUCCCCAGUCUGGUGGGCGGGUCUGUGCUCUACUUCCUGUCUGUGGACCAAUGGCAUAGUGUGGCUGCCUGGCUCUAUGGGAGUGGUCUCACCGGCCUGUUUGUCACCUCAACGCUCUUCCACACCGCUGCCUGGAAAAUCAGCCACCUCCGGAAGGUGGAGCAGCGCUUCCACAUGUGUGACAGAAUGGCCAUCUACUUCUUCAUAGCUGCCUCCUACUCUCCCUGGCUGAUGCUGAGGGAUCUGGGCCCCUGGGCGUGCCACAUGCGCUGGCUCAUAUGGCUCAUGGCUUGCGUAGGAUCCGUGUACGUCUUCUUUUUCCACGAGAGGUACAAGCUGGUGGAGUUGUUUGGAUAUGUGGCCAUGGGGGUUGUUCCGGCUUUGGUCAUCCUGUCUAUGGUGGAGCGUGCAGGUGUGUGUGAACUGGCAGUGGGAGGUGUCUUCUAUGUGGUGGGUGUGGUCUUCUUUAAGAGCGAUGGCCUCGUCCCUUUCGCCCACGCCAUCUGGCAUCUUUUUGUGGCAGCGGGAGCAUGCAUUCAUUAUUACGCCAUCUGGAGGUACCUGUACUUACCCGGGCCGCUGCUGCAGACGUCGAGGUGACUAGCCUCUUCUCGUCAUUAGGCCAUUUUGUUUCGACUACAGCUAACCUGACUCCUGAGGCUGAACCUGGAGAGACGCUACUGAGACGAUCGGAUCGCACUGGCUGCUGCAGAUCAGAUGAAAUUCUCCACAGUUGGGGCCAAAACCCCUGGGGGAAUCUUACUGUUAAUCUAAAAGGCCUUUUUUUAACAUGCUAAUUACAUAACAGACUGACCAGUGAACAUUCAUACUGACUUAACCAAACGUACGCAGGAAUACGACUCUCAGAAAGAUAAGAAACAGCCCUGGGUAUGAAUCUUCAUUUGGGUUCAUCACCUGCUGGGAGAUGUUUGUGCAAAUGGGGCAACAUAUAAUGUGCCAGCAAGCUUAGAUGACCAAUGUUCAGUGAAAUGGAGUAGUUUGACAAUUUGCUAAUGCACUUAAUUCCCUUUCUUACUGGGAGUUAGAUGAGGAGAUUGAUACCACUCUCAUUUCUGUACUAAAUACAUAGUCAGCAACUCUCUGUAAGAAUAAGCAAAUAAGCGUAUGAAAUGUAUUUCUUUAAUCACACAUCUUCACAAGAGAACUGACAACAUACACUCUGUGACUAAACUAUCCUGGGCUAAUAAACUCCACCCUUUACACCUUUACAUAUUCCAACCAUAAGUUAUGUGCCAAAACGUUCCACAGAGGCAUUCCUCUAUGUUGGUGCUGCUAACUCCUACUUUACUUUAUUUUGGUUUUGUCCAUUUUUGCACAGUGGCAAAAUAUGAAAAUACAGAGUUGGCAUUACAAACAACACACAACGGUUUCAUAAACAAACGUUUUAGGUUGACUUAAACUGCAUUAAGCAACCGGCAGACAGACUUAAAGUCACCAUAUAUUGGCUGAUAUGAAUUCACAUUGACUGAUGACCCUCUCUUAUUCCAGAUAAGUCGACUGUUGAGGAUAACGGGCCUCAGUAGCCCGAUUGUGAUUCUGUUUUGAUUUACAUUAGUGUUGAAUCUGCCUCAAAAUCAAUUCUCAUCCUUUUUUGUUAUGUUAUUUGAAAGAUUAAAAGUCUAAUCUAGAGCUAAUGUUACACUAAGUGUAUUAAAUGUCGCGGCUAUAAGCAUUGGUUAUGUUCUUUAGAGGACGAUGGUUGCAAGUUGUCCUGUUUAAGUGGUGCACUCUUAUCCAUGAGCACCUUUCUAUCAGCAACAAUGUUGAAUGAAAUUUCCUAAAAUCCUCAGAAUACACAUGGGCAUGUUAUACACCAUUUUUACUUUUACCGUUUAAAUUCUUAUACUUCUUUAAGCGCUGUAUGGAUCCACACUUGCCCGUUUUUCCCCCUAACCUCUAGUAGUUCAACUGUUUGUUUUACACAGCAAUUACUCAGGAAGUGAGCAUUUAUUUAAUGAUUUAAUGAAAAAAAAAAUCAGAUGAUCUAUUUUGUAAAAUUGUAUUUUCAUUGU